GCCCGAGCCCUGACAGGCCAUUCUGCAUCGGUGCAGUCGCUGGACUUUCAUCCACACGGCAACUUUAUUGCUUCCGGCUCUGCAGACGCUACAGUCAAGCUGUGGGAUGUCUCGCGAAAGGGCUGUAUCAACACCUUUCGAGGACACACGGGUUCAGUCAACAUGGUCCGCUUCUCCCCCGAUGGCAAUUGGAUUAUCUCAGCUGGUGACGACGGUCGAGUUAAAGUGUGGGAUCUCGCCGCAGGAAAGCAGUUGGCCGAGCUCUCUGGUCACACAGCCCCGGUGACCAGCAUCGCCUACCAUCCCACAGUUCUCCUCCUAGCCUCCGCUUCAGCGGAUCGUACUGUCCGGGUCUUUGAUCUCGAGACCUUCAGCCAGGUGGCUGUCUCCGGCAUCGAAUUGGCCGCUUCUGCCAUUCGAAGGAUAGCCUUUCAUCCUGAGGGACAAUGUCUCUAUGUUGGAACAACUGAACAGCUUAAGAUCUACCAUUACGAGGUAAUGUCUUGUUUGGAGACCGUCCAGGUCGGUUGGCGAGGAGGGGGAGGUUUGGUGGAUAUGGCCGUGGCACCAGCUUUCAAUCAACUUGUCGGUGCUUCAAUCACCAACUCUGCCGUCACUACCUAUAUCGCCGACAUUAAAUCCUGUGUCCCUUUCACAUCUCCCUCUUCGCCUGCCGCCUACUCCGAUGCCCGCGUUUCGGAUUCAAAUCUUCCUAUUGGAAUCCCCACUACCUCCUCUGUUGGCUCUUCCUCUUCAGAUGAGCCAAUAGCCUCCCAUCUCUCCCGAUGCAAGAGCGAAAUGCGUCGUCCAGGCGCUGCCUCGGCCCGAAAGUCCUUCUCCCUCAAAAGUGUGAGCAACAAGCCACGUGUCGUUCCUAUUGGAACUGCAAUCUUUCAAGUAACCAUUUCUCGGUUGGACGUGGACCGUGCUGCUAUUAACCGUGUUUUGGAUGAUUCUUCAAAAUCCUCCUCUGCAAUGGCAUUGGACAUCGCCUCUGAGUCAGAUGACCCACGACCUGUGAUUGACGAUCUCGCCACCUACAACCGCGUAUUCAAACCCAAACGAGCUAUUCGACGCAGUCCACCUCGUGUCACAGCAUCGACUACUACUACCACUCGAGCAGUAGGUCAGCAACAAGUUCCUGCCACGCAGUCGGUGUCUUCCCUCCAACCUCCUCAGAAGCUCUUUCCUGAAGAAGACGAAGAUGCGGAGGAGGAGGAGGAAGAUGACGCUCCAUUCUCUCCACCACCACCCCCUCCUGCUGCUGCUGCAAAUGGUGAGCUCUUCAAUAUCUCCAUCUUUUAUGAUCAUCUAAGAUUUCUCUUCGUAUCUAUUUAUUAA